AUGGCCGACAAAAAAGGAUCGGCGUACGGUACGCCGGCGUCUGAUACGUCCUUUCGGCGCGACUACGAUUUAGACGAGUAUGCGCAAAAGGCGAAGGUACGCGAGGCCGCCGAAAAGGAGGAGGCAAAAGCGCGAUACGAAGCCAAGCUGGCAGGGAAGAAAUACUACAAACCUAUGACGGGCGACGAGACACACACACGAGCGCGACGCGAAAUCAUCGACCUCGAGGCUAAUGUAGGCAAGACGACACUGGUACCGGCGGGCGCGGGCCAGGGCAAACGUGGACGUGGUGCUGGGUUCUACUGUGCUGCUUGUGACCUCACGUUCAAGGACAAUAUGCAAUGGGUCGAGCACGUCAAUAGCAUGCAGCAUUUGCGGAAUAUUGGUGAGACGGGUGAAGUAAAGAAGGCGACUGCUGAGGAUGUACAUCGACGUAUCGCUGAGGUAUGGGAACGUUUACAGGAACAGAAGAAGGCGAGCACAACAACAUUAAAGGAACGGUUGGAGAUGCGAGAGGAAGAGGCGACUAAGGAAAGGGAAGCCAGGCGGCUCAAGAGACAAGAGGAGCUAAUGCGGAAGAAGGCUGAAAAGGAGGCUGCUGAGAAAGUCAAAGUUGAAUACGGUGAAGACGUACGGAUCGAGGGCGAGCACGAUGAGGAUGACAUGAUGGCUGCAAUGGGAAUUACCGGUUUCGGUACGUCCAAGAAGAAAUAA